CUCUCCUAUAGACAUGUACAGACUAUUAUGAGUCAAUGCAAAACAUCCUCAAACCAGUUAUUCCAGUGAACCAAUGAAUUUCUGUAAGAAUACUGACAAAAUAUAUUUUGCCUGCUGCCCCCCUGUGUUGAUAGGUAGAACUGCAAAUGGCGGUUUUGAAACUACAUUUUAAAGAUGUCUACAAUGAAGGUUUGAAUGGGCUCCGAUUCAUCUUGUUCAAAUCAGUCAGUACAAAUUAAUCGUAUAUAUCUAUUUAUAUUACAACUCAAAAGGUUUCCCCUAAUGAGUGCUGAGUCCGGCUUCAGAUCACUGCUAGUGCUUAUACACACCGCUGGACAUUUUAACAAAUAGUUUAGAAACAUGGUACCAUGUAAUGUUUUUGCUAUCAGUGGCGCUGUGAUAGCUGUUUAUCCACGUUUGUACAGUAUGACAACAGUGAGGAAUAAAGUCAGCGAAAGCUCAUUUUAAUUAAACAUUCAUAUUCAUACUCGUAGCUGCAGAUUUUGUAGAGAUUUUGUAUAUAGAGAGACAUGCAGAAGUGUUUCUUUUUGGGUUUUAUAUGGCACAUAUUACCUGACCAUGAAGCGGAGGUAUCAAGCAGCAAAUUAAUGUGUUUCUAUCAUUUCUACGCGGUGUCUGUCAUAUGGAAUGGGCUCCUCCUACUUUUCUCCUUACGUUGUGUCGUCAUGAAUGAGGCUCUCCCUGAUUGGCUAAUUGACGUGCUUUGGUGUUUGACUGGCAGACCAAGAGCUGCUUGGAAAGUGCCAGGGUCUCUCUUUAAUCAGCUCACGUGGCAUCAGGUGAUGGGGACUCUUCUUUUCAUCUGGGCAGCACUCCUCCAGAACCGGUCCCUCUCACUGCUGGCCAAGAUGAGCACUGACAGCUCAGGUAGAAAGCUGCUGGAUUUUCCUUCAGAAAAAAAGUUUAAACUUAUUCUUCUUAUAACUGUAUAUUAUAACUAAUAUUUAUAAACUAAUAUUAAAUCUUUGUUCCCUCUAUCCAG